UAUUGCAAUUAUUGUCUUGCAAGCACACGUUAAAUAGGCAAUUAUUACCAGGCUGUUAAGAUCAGGGAGAUAGUUUUAUUUUUGUAAAAGUUGUCCCAUCAACAUAUCUUUCGACAGAAGUUUUUAAAAACAGAAGCCGCCGCCGCGCAACUCUACUACUUUUUUGUUUACAAAAUGCGUUGCGAGGAAAAUGAGAGAAAACUGUCUUUAAUUUGUGAUCAGGUGCAGUUGUGCAUGCUUCCUGCCCUAAAGAACAAUUUGGAUGAAGUGCAACUGCUGCCCGCACAAUUCGAAAGUUAUCAUACACUGCUACAACAAGAGCUCCCUAGGUUGUACGAUCUUCUACAGCAAAACAAGGAGAUUUUCUCUAAUGCCUUAAACCAGGAGCUGCGCGCACAGCUUGUACUGCUGCUUUGUGAGUUGACCGCAUCGCCGACGAUUUAUAAGCUGGAUGCUGAGGCCGAAUAUCUACUGCAAAACGCCAAUCAGAUGCUGCGGAAACUUAUGUCCAUCUGCCAGAACGACGAACAUUCCUACAUUUUCAAUUACUAUGAGCAGAAGCUGCACAAGGACUCUUGGAAGCGACAGCUUGGUGCAGUUCACGGCUUUGUCAGAUAUCUGGAGUACUACUUCACUAAUGACAACAAAAUGUCCACCAAAAUGUUAAGAUUCAGCUUAGCUAUGGGUCUGAACGUAAGGGAAUGCUAUCACUCGGAUUACAAACAACUUGGCAUACGAGUCUUUUCCAGAAUGUUGAGCCAUAGCUACGCUGCUGACAUUCAGCAACUGAAUAUACAAGGUGUUAUCUAUGAGAAUCUCUUGCGGGAUGCAUACACCAUGGAUUCCGAGGAAGUCACAAUGUCGGUUUGGAAUUGUCUAUGCCAGUGCUUGGAUCAUUUUACCGAGCUGGAUUCGUUCACGUGGAAUCAAUGUGACGACAUGCUUGAGCGCCUUUUACAUAAUGUCACGUUGUCCUCCAAUGCACAAUUGUCCAUCUGCCUGCUGCAGUUCAUUACACAACUGGGAUAUUACUUUGCCAUAAACCGCAGUGAAGUCAAAGAAUCCUUGGCCAAUGAUUUCUCCCAGCCCGAUCAAUUGGCAGCCUGUCGGGAAGUGUGCUCCUCACUUAAUGUAGCCACAAAUUAUCGCUGGGCAAAGGGCAUCCUGCAAAUGCUUGUCCUGGAGUCCGAGAAGUUGUUGCAAGGUCCCGAUGUCUGCAUACAAAUGUUGAAUGCAAUGCAACGUUGUUACUUGGUGCACAUUGUUCCGAUUCCUCUGCCGGCAUUAAAUGCCCAUUUAGGCAAAUUUUUUACCAAGUUUGUAGCCGUUCUUCUUGAGUGCCUUGUCGUACAUGACAAGACUGAGCCUAUUAUUCAGCUGACGCAACAGUUUAUUGACAUUUUUAUUUAUCAAUUGAAUCAUUCCCCUGCCAUCAACCUGAAGGAUUUUGCAACUGCUUUAGCAAGCUUACAGCAAGUUAUUGUUAAAUAAAGUUCACGAUUUGUUGAAUCUCGUUGAAUCUUAA